AAAAACAUAUGCUUGGAUCCACUAACUCGGAACUUGCAAAGAGAGCUCGUAAGAUUUAGUUCAAAAAGUGAUUUACUCGCAAUGCUGGCUUUUCAAGCGUGUUUAUACGUCAAAGCCGUCCUGUUGCUCAAAGUGUUUGUUAAGUAACAGCAGGAUGGCCUUCUAACUACAGUGGAAAGCAUCGUUCAUCCUGCGCUCUGGGUGCAAGGUCCAAGAGAACAUGAAUAGCGCCACACUUCGUAUACGUUUGAUAGGCCACUUAUCGGGAUUGGGCUCUCGGCGGGCAUCAAGCUCGAGCAACGGUGAUGGCAAUGACGCAACGAAAACAGAUAAUGUGCCUGAGCUUCCACCCGAACCAACCACUUGCUGCAUGUCCGGUUGUCAGAAUUGCGUUUGGAUACAGUACGCGGCUGAGCUGACGAAAAUUCUGGACGACGGAGGUGACGCUGCUCGUGAGAUUGUAUUGCAGAAGAUCACGGACCCUAGCUUGAAAAUGUUUCUCAAAAUGGAACUACAGAACAUGCCGCCCGGCAAGGACGAUACCUCUUCGUAGUACCUCACAUGUACCUAUCUCGAGAAUCGAGAUCCCAUGCCAUCUCGAGCAUCGCACCUAGGGCCAGCUGUGUGACAACGGCUAACGUUGCCAACUGCUCUAUCAACGGUGGGUUAUGUACCAUAUGUAAUGUAUAUAAUAGUUAUAUGUAUAAUAGGUAUAUAAUAUAAACAACGAUUU